AUGCCGUCUCCCUUUCUCGCGCGUGCGAGCGAUUAUUUUUAUGACUAUUUUGAUGAUUAUGAUUAUUAUUAUCGGCACGGUUUUCGUCCUCAGAACCGACCGACGACAAGCGACUGGAGGUUCGCCGACUUUAUCGCGACGGCUGCAACAACAGACGGUUUUGCUCUAUUUAGAGCUUUCGGGACUUUGAAGUCGACGUACGUCCACGUGGAUCGUCUGUCUGUGGCUGGCAUCCUCUACCGCCGGGACAGUAUAGCGAAUCAGCUAUCAUUUGCCUCGGACUGCUGGCUGCAGACCAGCAAUGGGUUCAAGUCAACCGUGUCCGUGUCUGACGACGUGAGGCUGCACCGACUUGAUGAUCUUUGUCGCCAUCCACAAAAUACGGAGGAAUGGAACUGGACGCAGCAACCAGUUUGCUUGGCUGCCGAGAGCGUGAAGGAGAGACUGGACCGACUGUUUACUUUUGUCGUCGUAGAGCUACUGGAAGACACUGCGGUACUGAGUGCAACAAGUUGCGCUGUUGCGUUCCAAAGCUUGCAAAGUCGUGAUGACGGUUCCAGUGUGUGUGGUAUUAAAUAG